AUUGUGUGAAAUAUGUAGCGUUGGAUAGAAUCGAUAUUUGCCACCAUUGUGACGCGUGCGACAAUAGCUGAAGUCUUAAAGAGAAACCAAACACCCUGGCGGUGGGUGUGGGGUACAUCUAGCUUCUUUUUGUCAUUUUUUGAGCUGAUACUAGUAACGUACCCUGUAUAGACAGGCGCUAUUGUAGGCCUCUUAUAACAUCUUGCAGAAACGAGGAAAUCUUAGGCGUUUGGCCUGCAACAUUACAGUAUUGGUAUGGUACAGGAGUAAUCUCAGCCAAUGGAUACGGGCAAGGUUUUGUGUACAAUUACAGCCUUUUUGGCAUUUUUAACAACCCACUUUGCAUCCUCUGAUAGCGAUAACACGAGAAUCGUGACGGCAACAACGCCCUCUAUCGGAUCGGUCUCCCAGAGACAUAAUAGCGGCAACAACACCGAGACCACACAUACUUUCACAGAGACCUCGCCUAUAUCCAGUAUAAACCAAUCAGGCACGACCAACAACAAGAAUAUCGGUAACGCCACUCAAACCACGGCUACUUCUACCGCGACCACGCCCACAACCACCGGUGCCACGCCCAUUCCUGGAGUUCAAGGAUGGAUCAUAGCCACUGCCGUGUCAACCAGUGUUGCAGGGUUGCUGAUCCUGUGCUGUGUGGGAGUCUGUGUGUAUCUGUGCUGUCAGGACAAUGAAGAUUGCUGUCUGUGUUGUUGUUGCAAGGACUACGACGACUGCGAGGAAUGUCGAGAGGGAUGUAGAGAUUGGUUUUCUGAUUGUUGCGAAAACUGUUUCUCGAGGUGCGUAUGUAAAUCAGAUCCCGAAGCGACACCCAUGGUUGCACAAACUGAAACGGAGAUUCCAGACCCUAUUCAAUUUAUAUCUGUUCAUCUGCCAGACGGACAGAGUCUGCGCAUGUCCGUUAGGAGCACGGAUAAAAUUCGAGUCAUAAAGACCAAAGUCAUUGAACUUGUAAAUCUACCCCUUUAUUACGUGAAUGUAUAUCAUGGUCUUAUGCCGGGCGAAUCAGACAGUCUUGACGAAGACAUAUCUUUCACGGGUUAUGGCAUUUACUUUGGAACAGACCAAGAGUUUACGGUCACCUAUGCCUCACAUAGUGUUCUUGUUCAAUUUGCCGAUGGCAGCCUUGAAGAACAAUCUUGGGAUCCCCUUCUUACCGUCGGAGAUUUUUUGAAUAUGAUUGAUCUUAAAUCACAAGCAGCACGCAAGGAUAUGCUUCUGAUAGAAGCCCAGUGGGAAGGAAGAGCUGCACUCCAAGAAUUGGUCGAAUCCGACAAGAAGACUCUUCUAUAUCGUCUGCGUAAAAUAAAGGUGUCUUUUUCAUUCCAAGUCGUGUUAAAGAUAAUAGGACAGAACACCCAAAUAUCGGCUAAAGUGUUCCCAACGGAUACAGUGAACGCAUUGGCGAAGAAAUUUCUGAAGGCAGUUAUUUUCAUUUACGAAGGGACACAACUCGGAAGCGACAAAACGUUGAAGGAUUAUGGUCUCCAAGAAGGGUCGGUUGUGACUGUUGGCUGGUCAGUAAAGGUUUCUGUAGCACGUGGCGGUCAAAUAUAUAAAUACUCUUUGUUGGCAAGCAAUGUCGUCGGCGAACUUAAGCAGAUUCUGGCGGUGGAUACAGACAUUCAUCUUUUUGAACAACACCUUAGUUUCAAUGGUAACGUUCUUAGUGACGAUAAGAUGUUAGCCGAAUACCUGACCUCCAAAAUGGAAGAGGAAAUGGACAUCAUUCUUACCAGUCAACCCUGGAGAGUAUCAGUGCUGCUCCCUACCGGUACUUUGAGAGACUAUCAAGUUUCACCAAAUAACAACGUGGCGUUUUUGAAAAAUCAAAUAGAGGCAGACGCAGACAUUCCUGUUUCACGCCAGAUCUUACAAAUUGGUCGAAACGAUUUAGCAGACGACGGACUGCUCUGUGAUUCUAUAGUACCGUCCAGUAGUCUAAUCUAUCUGAAGGAACAGAUUGCCCUAAAGUAUUCCUCAAACUGGACACCUGUCAGUGCCAGAUGGAGGCCUUUCUUUGAAGAACUUCUGCAGGUCAGCGACGGGAACUUGAAGGAAGUGAACAACGUAUGUUUCAGCACAAAGAUCGACAGAUUUAAAAUUGGAUCCGGCAACAAAACUGAGGUGUUUCUGGGUAUUCGGCAUGAUGGCAGAGAGGUCGCCGUAAAAAGAUUCCCCAGGUCCAUGUCACAGAACUUCAAGAACGAGAAAGGCUUGUUAACUACAUUGGAUUCCCCAAAUAUCAUCCGAUAUCUUGAUAUUGCCAUGGAUGACGAGUUUCUGUACCUGAUUCUUGAGCUUGGAGAGUUUACUCUCAAUGAAUUCAUAUCUACAGAUGAGUACAAACAAAACCAGACCAACAUCUCCCGAGAACUCGUAGGGCAAAUCUUGGAAAGCCUCAGAACCUUACACACUGGACACAACGUAAUUCACAUGGAUAUCAAGCCCCACAACGUUCUUAUAGAUAUCAGCAAUCGAGCAAAGUUAUCAGAUUUUGGCAUUAGUGUGGUCCUCCCGGAUAACCAGAGCACUUUCUACACUACUGCUAAAGGGACAUAUCACUGGGUGGCAAAAGAGAUACUGGAUAGCGCCACUGGGAAAGUCAAAUACAAGAAAAAUGCCGAUAUUCAGGUGGCCGGGAUGUUAGUCUACUACACACUAACAGGUGGCAUACACCCAUUUAUGCCCAAUGGCGAGGCCGACGUGUUUCUGUGUAACAAGAACGUUCAAGAUGGAAAGCAUAACCUUUCAGCCUUGGACGACAUCGUUGGAAAACAUUUAGUGGACUGGAUGCUGCAGCCAGACCCUGAGCUGAGGCCGACCAUUGAGGAGGCACUGGCGCACCCGUUCUUUUGGAAUGUGGAUAUGAGGUACCGUUUUCUUGGUGUGUUGGGGGACGAGAAGGAAGUGAAGGAAAGUUGGAAACAACAGCCACAUUCCGUUACAUUGACACUGGACGGGUUGACGGUAUCCGUGUUUAACACAGUAGCACACUGGAAAGACUUGCUCGAUCAAGCUGUUUAUUACGAAGUUUCAAGACCAGUGAGGAAUGGCUACAGGUCUACCAUAUGCGGACUUCUUCGAUUUAUACGAAAUGUGGACGUCCAUCUCAAAGAUCAGCCGACUGCUAUACAAGCCAGUGUAGGUAAUCCCAUGACGUAUUUCACCGCCAAGCUGCCUUUUGAUGAGCUGUUUUUGAAGGUUUACAAAACUGUGAGAGACACCCGGUCGUCUGCUGAUGACUGGACGACUAGAGGUUCACUGAAGGAAUAUUUUCCUGCAUAAUGUUUCUAAAAAUCCUUUGACAAAGAAUGUCUUAAUGCAUGCUUAGUUUUUGUUAUAGUAAAUCUAAUAUUGCGAUGAGGAAAAGCCUAAAUAAAGCCACGACCAAUAUCCAGCGGGGAUUUCAGUAGUGAAGCCGCUUGAAUCAUUUGCUGAAGAUUGGUCUCGCAAGAAAUCUAGGAUAGGACUUUGCCGAGCAUAAUGUGGAACAUUGCUACCAGAUGUAACAUAAUAUCAAUGGCACGUGCAAAAUGAAUGUAUAAAACUGCACAUAAUAUUAUACUUACAAGGUUAGACAAGAGUAGU